CCCGGUUGCAAUGCGACCGUAUCACCUCGGCUUCGCAAGAAUUCUUGUGCCUCGAUUUCGUUUUGUCCUACGUUUGGCCAGCACGAUUGCCGUCACACAUUGCGUGUAUCCUUGACCAAGGGCCGUCGGUACUCGAAUGGCAGCGACAAGGCACUGCGCCGCUUGAACUAUAAUUCCCAUCGACCGACUCCAGUCCCAGUGCCUCUGACUCUCUUUCUCUCCGCACACAGCGCUUCCACAGCUGUCAGACCACCUCGCUUCGGGACAGAAUCGAUCUGCCGGAGGGCCUCUUGUCAAAAUGCGCUUCGGCAAGACGCUCCAGACAUCCUUCUACGAGCCAUGGCAGGACAAGUACCUCGACUACCCGAAGCUGAAGAGCAUGCUUCGUGAAGACGAAUACGAGGAGGACGAGUCUUGGACGGAAAACGACGAGAACAGGUUCAGCGACGAGAUCUUCAACGUGCAGCUCGACAAGGUGACCAGCUUUCAUGAGGCAAAGUUCAAAGAGCUCAAGGACCGCGUCGACUCCGCCUUCGAGAAGCUCAAGGACCUGCCCUCCUCCGAGGAUGGCCAGCCGCGGAGCGAGCUCGCCACCCAGCGGCUCAAGGAGCUUGAGUCGGAGCUAGACACCAUCACGAACGAGGUCAACCAGCUCAAGAGGUACAGCAACUUGAACUACACCGGCUUUCUGAAGAUUGUCAAGAAGCACGACCGCAAGAGGGGGCUGCGCUACAAGAUCCGGCCGUUGAUGAUGCAGCAGCUGUCAGACCGGCCGUUCAACUCGGAGCAGGCAUACGGCCCAUUGAUUCACAGACUGUCGCUGGCAUACUUCACGGUUAAGCAGCAGCUGGAGGAGGGCGUCAGCGAGGGUGUCAUGGCAGAGUUGCAGGAUGGCGUUCAGGAGACACGCAACGGCGAGACAUAUUCCGCGCACAAAUUCUGGGUACAUCCGGAUAACCUGCUUGAGGUCAAGACCUUCAUCAUGCGUCGAUUGCCCAACCUGGUAUACAGCGAGGUGUCGGCAAAGGAGGUCGACGGCAACGAAGACCCCAGCUUGACUUCCCUCUACUUUGACAACUCUAAGUUUGACCUUUACAAGCGCAAGGUCGAGCGUGAGACCGAGGCGUCUUCCCUGAGGCUACGAUGGUAUGGCCAGCUCAGCGCCUCACCCGAGAUCUUCUUGGAACAGAAGAUCGUGCACGAGGGCGGCACCAGUGAGGAACGCAAGUUCACAAUAAAGGCAAAGUACGUCAAGUCUUUCAUCGAUGGCGAGUACAAAAUGGAAAGAACCAUAGCCAAGAUGGAGCGGCAGGGCCAGAGCGAAGACGAGGUUGCGAGGUUCAAGUCGACGGUCAACGGUAUCCAGGACUUCAUCAAGGAGCGCAAGCUACAGCCGGUAGUGCGGGCAAACUACAAGCGCACGGCGUUCCAGAAGCCGACUGAUGAUCGCAUCCGCAUCUCCAUCGAUACUGAUUUGGCAUUCGUCCGCGAGGACACCUUGGACUCCAGGAGGCCCUGUCGCGAUCCCAACGAGUGGCAUCGACUGGAUAUCGACAACAGGAAUAUCGGUUAUCCUUUCAAGGACAUCAAUCAGAGCGAGGUAUCAAGGUUUCCCCACGCCCUGUUGGAGAUCAAGCUGAAGGAAGAUGGCCGCAAGCGGCCGGAGUGGAUUGAGGACCUGAUCUCAUCCCACAUGGUCCACCCAGCAGCCCGCUUCUCAAAAUUUGCGCACGGUGUUGCCGUCCUUUUCGACGAUUACGUCAACACUUUGCCCUUCUGGCUGAGCGACCUAGACAAGGAGAUCCGGAAGGAUCCCCAGGCGGCGUUUGAGGAGGAGGAGCAGAAGAAGGCCAGGCGUGCCGCUGACGAGCAGGUCGUAGGCAGCCUGCUCGGAAACAAGAUAGGCUCGUUCCAGCCUUCCAAGAGCUCGCCCGUCAGCAGGUCGUACCUUGCAGAGCGGAUUGCCAGUGAGACUGGAGCUGGACCGGCCGCGUCCACCUCGUCCACCGCGGUGGCCAGUGGCGGCCCACGCGAGAAUGGGGGCUCGGCGCAGGGUGGGCAGCGGGAGGGGCAGAACGGGCAGCCACAGCAGCGAAGCUAUGGCACCAUCAUGCCCUCCUUCUCGAUCAUCACGCGCUACGCCAAGUCGCGACAACGCAAGCGCGACAACGUCCAGCUGCCCGAGGGCGUCACCGAGCCCGAGACGUGGAUCAAGAACGAAGGCCCGCUCAAGGUCGAGCCCAAGGUGUGGCUGGCCAACGAGCGGACCUUUAUGAAGUGGCAGCACAUCUGCGUCCUGCUGGGCGGCCUGGCUGUCGCGCUGUACACGGCCGCGGGCAAGAACAUGCUGGCCCUGGCCUUUGGCAUAGUCUACCUCGCCAUCGCCGCCUUCGCCGGCGGCUGGGGCUGGCUCAUGCACCGCCAGCGCAGGCAGAUGAUCGUGGACCGUAGCGGGAGGGACUUUGACAACCUCGUCGGUCCCAUGGUGGUCAGCUUCGCGCUGGCGGCUGCCCUGGUUCUGAACUUUGUGUUCCAGUACCGCGCUGCUGCCCAGCGAUUCGAUUCAGACGCAUCCCAUGUAGGUACCAACACGACCGUGACCUCAUUGCCGGUUGUGGAUGAGCUGCUGCGAUGAGCAGGCCGGGGUCAUGUGACAUCCAGGCGCAACUGCAGGACUUGGCUUGAUUAUACGAUACCGUUGCUUGUCCCUAUUGCUGUUUCGAGGCGCAUGCGAGCACAAGUGCGGAGUCCAAAAAAAUAACAAUCGGAAAUGGCGUAUUAAUAGCAGGGUGGGAAGUAGUGAUAACUUGCAUCAAAUUUUAGUGGACUGAGUAUUACUACAUCGCCAUAAACCACCGUCUUCUUCUCGGUAACAAUUCGCGCUCACUGCGAGUCCUAGGGUGGGUGCCCUUGAAGGUUUCAGUUCAGAGCAGACUGGGCCUUACCGCACUGCUCCCACAUCACGUACGUCUGCUGAUACUCUGUCGUGUCUGAGCUGCCAAGAGUAUGCGUCUCUUAGCUUGUGAGGAUAAGUCGGCGCAGCGCCGAUGAGCGUGUGCUGUUUGUGACCGGUAUAGGUCAUGAAUAGGCCAGUCCCGAGGGAGAGAGGGAGAGAGAGACAGGUGCCUGGGUUGGGACUCGGUUUUCUGAACCGGGCCCGGGACGCCCGGCGAGACUGCUGCUGCUGUUGUACGGUGCAGAAGCGGCUGCCGGGUUGGUCAAAUAGGAUCCCAGGGUCUUGCAUCGCUCAGCCCCGCGUCAUUGGUCCCAGCAGCCUCGUCAAGCGGCUGUGCUAGUUAGGAUGAACGCCAGCCGUCCUUCAUCAGACUGACCAAUAAUGGUCUCGAUACAGCUGAUUGGGCAGCGCAUCCCAGGGAAGCUGUGCUCGGAGAGCAUGGGAAAUGCGAC